CUUUACCUUCUGAAAGUACCCUCAGAGGAAUCUCCCCAGCCCACCAUGGCGGAUGAAAUUGAUUUCACUACUGGAGAUGCUGGGGCUUCCAGCACUUACCCUAUGCAGUGUUCCGCCCUGCGCAAAAACGGCUUCGUGGUGCUCAAAGGACGACCAUGCAAGAUAGUGGAGAUGUCAACUUCCAAAACUGGAAAGCACGGUCAUGCCAAGGUUCACCUUGUUGGAAUUGAUAUUUUCACGGGCAAGAAGUAUGAAGAUAUUUGCCCUUCUACUCACAACAUGGAUGUUCCAAAUAUUAAGAGAAAUGAUUAUCAACUGAUAUGCAUUCAGGAUGGUUACCUUUCCCUGCUAACAGAAACUGGUGAAGUCCGUGAGGAUCUUAAGCUGCCAGAGGGUGAACUAGGCAAAGAAAUAGAAGGAAAAUAUAAUGCAGGUGAAGAUGUACAGAUAUCUGUCAUGUGUGCAAUGAGUGAAGAAUAUGCUGUAGCCAUAAAGCCCUGCAAAUAA